GAGGUGGGCCGGGGGAUGAAGAGAAAGGCGGGGAGGCGAGGGCGGGCUGGGCGGAUUCGACGAGCGCCGCGGCGGUUGGCGAAGCGGACGGGGUGCAGCCUCCCCGGUGCGAGGAACGGUCUCCGCUGACAGAUCCCCUUCUUCCGGCCGCGCCACUCGGGAGGCGGAUCCCCGGGGCCUGAGGAGGCUUCCCCCGGCCGGCUUGCUCUCCCUCCUUCGCUGGCGCUGCCGCGGGUCCACCGAGCGGCCUCUGAGGAGCAGCCGCAGGAGGAGGAGGAGGUCGUCGGGGGCGGCGGGCGGAGACCGCGCUCUCGCUUCCCCGGCGGCGGCGGGGGCAGGACAAUGGAGGUGGCGGUGGAGAAGGCGGCGGCAGCGGCGGCGGCGGCCUCAGCGGCGGCCUCUGGAGGGCCCUCAGCCGCGCCGAGCGGGGAGAACGAGGCCGAGAGUCGGCAGGGCCCGGACUCGGAGCGCGGCGGCGAGGCGGCCCGGCUCAACCUGUUGGACACUUGCGCCGUGUGCCACCAGAACAUCCAGAGCCGGGCGCCCAAGCUGCUGCCCUGCCUGCACUCUUUCUGCCAGCGCUGCCUGCCCGCGCCCCAGCGGUACCUCAUGCUGCCCGCGCCCAUGCUGGGCUCGGCCGAGACCCCGCCGCCCGUUCCUGCCCCGGGCUCGCCGGUCAGCGGCUCUUCGCCGUUCGCCACCCAAGUUGGAGUCAUUCGAUGCCCAGUUUGCAGCCAAGAAUGUGCAGAGAGACACAUCAUAGAUAACUUUUUUGUGAAGGACACUACUGAGGUUCCCAGCAGUACAGUAGAAAAGUCAAAUCAGGUGUGCACAAGCUGUGAGGACAACGCAGAAGCUAAUGGCUUUUGUGUAGAGUGUGUUGAAUGGCUGUGCAAGACAUGUAUCAGAGCUCAUCAGAGGGUAAAGUUCACGAAAGACCACACUGUCAGACAGAAAGAGGAAGUAUCUCCAGAGGCAGUUGGUGUCACCAGCCAGCGACCAGUGUUUUGUCCUUUUCAUAAAAAGGAGCAGUUGAAGCUGUACUGUGAGACAUGUGACAAACUGACAUGUCGAGACUGUCAGUUAUUAGAACAUAAAGAGCAUAGAUAUCAAUUUAUAGAAGAAGCUUUUCAGAAUCAGAAAGUGAUCAUAGAUACACUAAUCACCAAACUGAUGGAAAAAACAAAAUACAUAAAAUUCACAGGAAAUCAGAUCCAAAACAGGUAUUGUUUUCAGAGCCUUGCAAAGGACCAUCGCAUGAAACUUAUGCAACAACAACAGGAAGUGGCUGGACUUUCUAAACAAUUGGAGCAUGUCAUGCAUUUUUCUAAAUGGGCAGUUUCCAGUGGCAGUAGUACAGCAUUACUUUAUAGCAAACGACUGAUUACAUACCGGUUGCGGCACCUCCUUCGUGCAAGAUGUGAUGCGUCCCCAGUCACCAACAACACCAUCCAGUUUCACUGUGAUCCUAGUUUCUGGGCUCAAAAUAUUAUCAACUUAGGUUCUUUAGUAAUCGAGGAUAAAGAGAGCCAGCCACAAAUGCCUAAGCAGAAUCCUGUCGUGGAACAGAAUUCACAGCCACCAAGUGGUUUAUCAUCAAACCAGUUAUCCAAGUUCCCAACACAGAUCAGCCUAGCUCAAUUACGGCUCCAGCAUAUGCAGCAACAGGUAAUGGCUCAGAGGCAACAGGUGCAACGGAGGCCAGCACCUGUGGGUUUACCAAACCCUAGAAUGCAGGGGCCCAUCCAGCAACCUUCCAUCUCUCAUCAGCAACCCCCUCCACGUUUGAUAAACUUUCAGAAUCACAGCCCCAAACCCAAUGGACCAGUUCUUCCUCCUCAUCCUCAACAACUGAGAUAUCCACCAAAUCAGAAUAUACCACGACAAGCAAUAAAGCCCAACCCUCUACAAAUGGCUUUCUUGGCUCAACAAGCCAUAAAACAGUGGCAGAUCAGCAGUGGACAGGGUGCCCCAUCAACUACCAACAGCACAUCCUCUACUCCUUCCAGCCCCACAAUUACUAGUGCAGCAGGAUAUGAUGGAAAGGCUUUUGGUUCACCUAUGAUCGAUUUGAGCUCACCAGUGGGAGGUUCUUAUAAUCUUCCCUCUCUUCCAGAUAUUGACUGUUCAAGUACUAUUAUACUGGACAAUAUUGUGAGGAAAGAUACUAAUAUAGAUCAUGGCCAGCCAAGACCACCCUCAAACAGAACGGUCCAGUCACCAAAUUCAUCAGUGCCAUCUCCAGGCCUAGCAGGACCUGUUACUAUGACUAGUGUACACCCCCCAAUACGUUCACCUAGUGCCUCCAGCGUUGGAAGCCGAGGAAGCUCUGGCUCUUCCAGCAAACCAGCAGGAGCUGAUUCUACACACAAAGUCCCAGUGGUAAUGUUGGAGCCAAUUCGAAUAAAACAAGAAAACAGUGGACCACCUGAAAAUUAUGAUUUCCCUGUUGUUAUAGUGAAGCAAGAAUCAGAUGAAGAAUCCAGGACUCAAAAUGCCAAUUAUCCAAGAAGCAUACUCACCUCCCUGCUCUUAAAUAGCAGUCAGAGCUCUACUUCUGAGGAGACUGUGCUAAGAUCAGAUGCCCCUGAUAGUACAGGAGAUCAACCUGGACUUCACCAGGAGAAUUCCUCGAAUGGAAAGUCUGAGUGGCUGGAUCCUUCCCAGAAGUCACCCCUUCACGUUGGAGAGACAAGGAAAGAAGAUGACCCAAAUGAGGACUGGUGUGCAGUUUGUCAAAAUGGAGGGGAACUCCUGUGCUGUGAAAAGUGCCCCAAAGUAUUCCAUCUUUCUUGUCAUGUGCCCACAUUGACAAAUUUUCCAAGUGGAGAGUGGAUUUGCACUUUCUGCCGAGACUUAUCUAAACCAGAAGUUGAAUAUGAUUGUGAUGCUCCCAGUCACAACUCAGAAAAAAGGAAAACUGAAGGCCUUGUUAAAUUAACGCCUAUAGAUAAAAGGAAGUGUGAGCGCCUACUUUUAUUUCUUUACUGCCAUGAAAUGAGCCUGGCUUUUCAAGACCCUGUUCCUCUAACUGUGCCUGAUUAUUACAAAAUAAUUAAAAAUCCAAUGGAUUUGUCAACCAUCAAGAAGAGACUACAAGAAGAUUAUUCCAUGUACUCAAAACCUGAAGAUUUUGUAGCUGAUUUUAGAUUGAUCUUUCAAAACUGUGCUGAAUUCAAUGAGCCUGAUUCAGAAGUAGCUAAUGCUGGUAUAAAACUUGAAAAUUAUUUUGAAGAACUUCUAAAGAACCUCUAUCCAGAAAAAAGAUUUCCUAAACCAGAAUUCAGGAAUGAAUCAGAAGAUAAUAAAUACAGUGAUGAUUCAGAUGAUGACUUUGUACAGCCCCGAAAGAAACGCCUCAAAAGCAUUGAAGAACGCCAGUUGCUUAAAUAAUAUGCAGCACCACUGGCUUGUGCUGGUUUUUAGAUUUUUUUGUUUUCAAUAAACAUUUGUCAGUAAUUUAACAUCACUACAAAGAAGAGUUUGUGACUACUCUGAUCUCUGUUUUGGCCAUUUCCUAGACUUUGAUUUCCUUAAUAACCCAUUUUUGUUAACCUCUUAUCACUAAGAAAAAGAAUAAAGAAGGAAAUGAAUGGAAGAAAGAACAUGGAGGGAAGGCAGAAGGGAUGGAAGAAGGAAGCAUUGAAUACAAAGACAUUCUUCCCACUUCUUGGAUUUUUAAACUACAAUCUGGAGCGAUGGCUACUGUAGAAAGGAAAUAGACUUUGUAUGAACUCUUAAGUUGAAAAGUAUAUGUGGUUUGGAUGUGUGCGCUAAUUCAGUUUUAGAAAUUAAUACCACUACCCGUGAAGUACAUGGCCUGACCAUAUGGGUUAGGCGUAGUAUACUGAAGAACAGUACUCCACAAAUGUGGGUGGUAACAAGAGUUCCAUCCCAGGAGGCCAACCGGUGCAACAGAAGGGUAGAUUAGAUGCUAUUAAGAAGGCACCUAAUAGUACAUUAUGUAAGAGGGCAACUGUAUUAAAGAAAAAUCAGGAAAACAAACAUUUGAUGUUUUUGUUUUUAUCUUGUCUAUAGAGGUAUUGGUAUAGCAGGUUUUCAAGGCCAUUUUUCAUACCUUUCUAGAUCUAGAUUUUCAACUUCUUCCACUGAGGGAAGUAUACAUGUUUGGUUUUGCUGUGUGUCUAUGUGUGGUUUAACUAUACAGGUGAUCCUUUUACAACAGGCUCCUUGUUUGCAGUAUAGCUUUUAGUGGAACUACCCAAAAUAUAAAUACAGCAGUGUGCACUGUAUUUGAUGUGAGGUUUCUUCAUCAUAUACCCUACUGGGCAUUAAAUAUAAGUUCCUCUAAAAGGGACUCGCUUUUGUGGUUUUCAUCUGUCUAUAAUUUGGAAUGAAAACGCGUUGUGGGAUUUUGGGAACAGGCAGUUGGGGGAAAUAGUGAAUUUUUUUUUUUUCCUGAAGCAUCUAUCAACCAUGUUUUUCUUUCAAGAGUCAGAACAUCACAUUUAGUCUUUGAUCUGACUUAAUUCUGAUUUUCCUGAUAGAGAUAUAAAAGACCUAUAUUCUGAGGACAAGCAUAUUCUUAAUGGGCCAGACCUAGCCAGUUCAACUGAUACAAAUUUAUUCCUUUUACUUGUUCAGUGUUUUUUUUAGGAUCAGAUGAAAUGUCAAAGAAAGAAAGAAACCAGAUUAAGAUAGAAAAUUGCUGUGCCAUACACUAAUCCAGCAUUUGACAAAACACCUAUUUUUAGUUUGCCAAAGUUAAUCUUCCUUUAUAAAUCAUUAACUGGAGUAAAUUUGUCUCCUUAGGAUGAUAGAAUAAAAAGAGCUGACUUGAAAGAAGGCUAUUAUUUGCAUUAUAUCACCCCCUAUAAAUUCAGCAUAGACGACUUGGUUUUAUCUACAUGGCUUUACUUAAAGUGGAAAGUGUUCUGUGGCUAAUUCAUUGGGUUUUCAGGUAUUGCUAAAGGUAAAAUACAAAAAGAAAACUUGUUAGCAAUAGCUUCCCAUUUUUUAUAUAUAGGUCUCAAUCAUAAUAUGUCAAUUAUAUAUUGUUAAAAAGUCCUAAUCACUUUUCCAGAUGUGUGUUACAUGGUAAUGUUUGUCACUAUUUUAAAGAUGCAUUUGACAUUUGUUCUCCAAAGAGUGCUGGAAUGGAUUUUGGUAACUGUGCAUACACCUUUUGUCUGUCUUUGCUCUAGGAUUUUAUUUUUAGCACAGCAGCUGUCGAGCUUUUGCUAAUAAGUUAUUGGUAUCUUAGAAUACUGUUCAUCUGACAGUUUGUUCUUCCAUACUUGUCUCCUGAGUUAAAACAGCAAUGCAGAUAAAUUAUUUUGAGAGUCAUCACAAAGGGAGUUAGAACUUGUGAGAGUAAAACUAUAAUUUCCUAAUGAACCCCAAACUGUCACUAUUACAUUCAGUGCCAUAUUUACCUUUUAAAACAGUAUUUGUUUCUCCCUAACAAUCUUUGGCUGAAUGAAAGGCAGAACCAU